AUGGCUUUUUCUUCUUCUUUAUCAAUAUUCCCGCCACCUUGUCACCACCACCUUCAAAGCUCAAAAUCAAUCCCCCUCCUCUCUUCUCCCUUAUUAAAACACAAAACUAGAACCAAGUUCCGAUCUUUAUCGGUUGUUCCUAAAGUAUCUUCUCAUCUUUUUGACCCACUCGUUCUUCAAAUCGCUGAAGCCCUAGAAGAUUCACAUUCAUCUCAUUCAAAACAAUCCCCAAUUCUUCAAAAACUUAGAGAUUUGUCCGCUGAAUCUGCCCUUUCUUGUUCUUGGCCUACACGAAAAGAUGAAUCUUAUAAAACUAUUGAUAUUUCUUCCAUCAAGAACUCCCAGAUUUCUUCAAUUUCACACACCCCAGCAAAUCGCAUUCGUUUUGAAUUAGACGGUGAUGAUGAUGCUGAAACCCUAAAUAUUGUUAUAGUUGACGGUCACAUUAUCGAUUCCAAGUCUAACCUUGAUGAAUUACCUGAUAAUGUGUAUGUUGGGGGUAUUCUGGGAAUAACUUCGGAUGAAAUUAGUGAAAAAGUUAUGAAAUUUGUGUCAAAUUCUGAAAACAGGGAUUUGUUUUGGUCUUUGAACGGAAUUGGAGCACCUGACGUUACAAUUGUGUAUGUUCCGACUGAUUGUAUAGUUGAGAAGCCGUUGAGGUUUAAGUUUUAUUCACAGGAGACAAGUGAGAUUGGUUCAAGGAAUUUGCCCAUGUCAAAUCCGAGGGUUUUGGUGUUGGUAGACAAAGGAGGUGAAGUUGGGAUUGUGGAAGAGUAUUUGGGUAGUUGUGGUGGUUGUAAAGAAGAAGAUGAUUCUUAUUGGGUUAAUUCAGUUAUGGAGGUGCAAAUUGGUGAAGGUGGCAAGGUUGUGCAUACUUAUCUGCAGCAAGAGGCUCCUAGUGCAGCACAUUUCAAGUGGACUGCAGUUCGUCAGGAAUCGUGUAGUACAUAUAAUCUGGUAGAGGUAAGUACUGGUGGGAAAUUGAGUAGGCAUAAUCUUCAUAUUCAACAGCUAGGCCCUGAUACAUUUACAGAAGCGAGCUCCUUUCACGUAUGUGUACGUCCUCAAAUACAAGAUCUUCAUAGCAAUAUAAUUCUGGACCAUCCGAGAGGCUUUGUUCGACAACGUCAUAAAGGCAUUGGGGAUCAUUCACGAAGUCGAGUUGUGUGCAAUGGUAACAUUGUGAUGAGUAAUCCUGCCCUAAAGACCGACUAUGAUCAGGUCAUAAGAGGCCUAUUACUUGUGGAUGGUGCGACUGCGAAAAUGGAACCAAGGAUACAAGCAAAUAAAAAUGAAGUUAAAAGGUUAUCUCAUGGAUCUAAUAUUAGUGGUAUCGAUAACGAUGAACUAUUUUACUUGUGUUCCCGUGGCAUGUACUUAGAGGCAGCAAAGAAGGCCUUAGCUUUCGCCUUCGGAUGUGAGGUGAUGUACCGUUUGCCUUAUGUUUCACUUCGGAAAAAGGUGGAGAGCCUUAUCCGUAGAUUACAAGAUCGUACUCCAUCAUAACUGUCAUGAUCAUGGUUUGCUGUAUACGUAUUAGUAUCACCUGCCAGUGGUGCAAGAACCUUGAAAUAUGAGCAUCACAUUGGUUCACUGUUUCAUCGUUCCACAAUGUCCGUAUCAGUCUCAUACACACUUAGU